AUGUUGCUGCCCUGGAGUUCUCUCAUGACAGCCAAGAACGUUCCUACUGGUGUUACGCAGCCAUCGGCGUAUGCAGGCAAUGCUUUUCGGAUUACACAAGUCAAAAGAGGGCUUGAUUUACUUGGCGUCGACAUAUCUAGCUCGAUAUAUUCUGGUUGGGAGGAAGAAGUAGGUCUCAACAUACGUACGGAGUGGUGA